AUCAAAUAGAGAAAAUGUCUCAUGAACACCAAGAAUGUUCUCCUGCCAAAAAGAUAAAAAGACAAGGUGAAAGUGAACUGAAAAUAUCUAACUGUUUCUCUAUAAGAAUCAGUGAUGGAUUCAUACGUACCGUUGGCAAUGUUAUUGCACCUUUGGUAGCUGCACAAGCAUCGUUACAGAUUAUAAGAGAGCUGAGAGAUGUUCAGUUCGAAGAAAUAUUUGCAAAAGUACUGAGGCAGUUUGAGGCAUUUACAAGACAAAUUCGCCCAGGGACCAUUAUCAUUGAUGCUGAAUUUUUACAAAAGUCCUCUGCAUUAAAUAUAGUUAAAAUUAUACAGAAGCUGAAGUCUGAAAUGAAAACAAUAAUGCCAGCUGGAAAUUGUGUAAUUGAAGAAAUAAAAGAAAAAUAUCAUCAUUAUCCAGAGCCUAAAGUUCAAGAAAUGGACCUUGCAUUUUAUACCUUGCACAUGUUGAAAAAGGAACUUGGCAGAAUGAAACAUUCAAGGAUAGCCGAGGUGAUGGAUUUUCAUAAUGCAGAGGAAAUGAUAUCACGGAUUAUAAAAGAAUCACACUCCUCUACAAAAGUGUGCCUUUUGUCACAAAAUGGAAAGGGAAAGAGUUUUAUUCUAAAUCUCUUACUGCUUAUGACUGCAGACACUGAUGAAGAAUAUCAGGAAUAUAUCAAAAACAAUGAAGGCAUCCUUCCAUUAACACAGGACCAUCUGAUGGGAAAUGCAGAAAUGAUACCAGAUGUUUUUGCAGAGGAACUUGAAAAGUAUGAAGAUGACAUUGACAGUGACCAGAAGAAAAAGAUAAUUACAAAAAUUAUACAAAACUGUGAUUAUACAUCAUCAAUUUCAAAUAAUAAGAUGUCAGAAAUGAUCAAAGCUGAAGAGAAGUCAUUUUCUGCUCUCAAACAAUAUUGUGGUGGUCUGAGUCUCAGACACUUUCAAUCCUAUUUACUUCCUGAAAAAGGAACAAAGAGAGCUUAUAUGGCAACUACAAAGACUGUUGUGCGUCUCCGUUAUGGGCGGAUUUAUCAAAUGAAAGUUGAAUAUAUGAGCAAAGAAGAUCUUCAAAACCAGCUUUAUGAACUUGUAGGAAUUGCAAGAAAUCGUGACGAAAACAAAAGAAGUGGCAAAAAGGAAAAUAAACAAGAAGAAAGGCAUCAUAUGGCUUUAAAAAAGAGGUUUGAGAUCCUUACAACACAUUCUCAGCAGCACAGCUUUGAUGAAGAGGAUCUAAUGAAAAUUAAAAACCCAUAUGGCAUAAUUCUGAAUGAAGAAGUAAAUAGUUUUGAAGGGACCUCAGCAUAUUUUGUGGGACUUGGAAAAAAUGCAACUGAAGAUCGCCUGUUCAUCAGGGAGAAACUGCGAGAGAUGAUUACGUUGACAAAUGUGUCUGCUGACCAGGAGAAACUUCAAGAAAUGAAAAUUGCAGCAGUGAAGGAAAUAGUGGUCUAUGCUCCAUGCAAACUUCUCUGUGGUGAAAAAGAACUAAUUGAAAUGCCUGGAACAGAUGACUCUGACCCUCUUGCUCUUCAUGACAUUGGCAACAUACUAAAUGAGGCAAAUGGUACCUUACUUUUGUCAGAAUCUUCCUUUAAUAUUGGAGAAGCUGAUGUAAAGACAAUUCUUCGAGACAGUAAAUUCCUUCACAACUUUGUAAAAUCUCCAGAAGAAUACAUGUUGAUGUUCUAUCUCUUAUCAGGAGAAGAAUAAAGAUUUGCACUUUACAAAGGAAGAACAAAUUAUGGAUAUGGAAUUUGUUAAAGAAGAGCAAAAAAAAAGAGAAGAAGAAAUUCGAGGACUUGAAAGGCUCCUUGAG